AUGUUUAAAAAGAUCCAUUCCAUAUUUCAUCCAAACUCCCACCGAAAAAAUGCAACAGAUGACAUUCCUUACUGGGACGGCACAGGUUCUGCUGUCAGAUUGAUCCGCAGCACUUCUAUGUAUGUCCUCGGAGAUGAGCAGGAAAAAGUUAGUGAACCAUUAAAAAAAAGCAAAAGUACAAACAGCAUUGACUCCUGCAGCCAGUCAAAAGAGGAAGACAGGGAGUGGAUGUACUCUAAGACUCAGGACUGCUUGAAGUACUUACAGGACUUGUUAGCCUUGAGGAAAAAAUAUCUCGAUAACAUUAAUAAGUUGAAAUCUAUGCAUAUGACUGCAGAUUCCCCAACAUCCACAAAAUCAUCCAAAUCUGGAAAGAAGUCAUUUCUUCCACUUCCCUCCAAAGACUUUUCUAAGACAUCUAUGGACAGAAGAAAAGUCUCACAGCCCAGUUCAGAUGUAAGAGAAGCGAUCGCGUUCUUUGACUCAAUUAUUGCAGAUCUGGAUUCAGAGAGAUGCCGGAGAGCUCCAGACACAGACCUGCUGAAUGCGGAUGUUGAUUUUGCAGUGGCUACCAGCACAAGUGAACACAGUUUACAUUCAAACUGGAUCCUUCGUGCUCCUCGCAGAUACUCAGAAGAUGCUGCCCAAACAGCAAAGGCUGCAAACCAGUCACAAAAAAACAGCCAACGAAGAACCACUGGCUCUAGAAAGAGGUUGGAAAGGCAUCCCAUGUACUUGCCCAAAGCUGUGGAAGGAGCAUAUAACACAUUAAAAUUUAAGCCCAAAACACGAAAGAAAGAACACUGAAAGAACAUUCCAUCUUCAGCUGAAGACAGAGCAUUUGAAACAGGGCAUGGAAGACUUGAUGCUCUUUCUUUUUUUACUCCCAGACCAUCUUUUUCACUCUAGAAGUAACAUGUGCACUCACUGAAGAUUCCUCAUUUUGUAUACACUUCAAGCCAUGGCAAUUCCAACACUGGACUCACAUGAGGAUUUAAUUCAUCGAGUUCAUCGUGCCUAACAAUACUGCUUUGUUAUUUGGCAUUGGGGAGGAACUCCCAACUUGACCAGCCUUCUUAUAGUGCUGUUAUUGAAAGCAAUGAUUCAGAAAUUAUCUGGUGUGGUAAAUUAUCUUCUGACUCCAAUACAGCAAGACAGUGCAGCUGAUACGCUAUGAGCUUUUGCACCAGUGUUUCCUACUUCAGAGCUGAGAAGCAGAGUUUUCUGUUUUUGUAUGUGAAAAUUUUGUCUGUGCCAUUGUUGACUCUGUGGUCUGAGAGCAUACAGCAGCACAGAGAUUCAAGAAAGCUGUGGUACAAGCAGAAUAGGUUGUAGUGAAGGCAUCAGCAUCAGAUACCUACUGCUGC